AUGCCGGUUCAGACGGACAACUUUCUAGGAAAUUUUGGGUUCAACUUUGAUUUUGAUGCAUGCAUCAAUGUCCGUAGCAGUAAAGAAGGAAACGAUAUCGGUCAGCCUCGUUACCAUCCAAAAACCGGACAUUUUAAAUUUAGCAACGGUCCUCUUUUAGACGAACCAGUACUAGCCCAUAGACUAGUCCUGUCGUCAGCCUCAGCUCGAUUUCGGAAUCUACUAGCUGCUGGUCAACCUGAAGAUGCCAUGGCAAAGAUAGAUAUCGAUCUGAGAGAAAUUCCGAAUUCAAUUAAUGCUUUUAAAGCGAUGCUUAGUGGACUAUAUACUGGCGAGUUGAACUACUCGUUAGCCGAUCAUGCCGAGAUUCUCGCGGUCGCCCGGCACUGCCAGGUGCCGACGAUAGAGAGCAAAUUGUUGGCAGCCAGCCAAGACUUGAAUCCAUUCUCGGCCCUUUUGCCACAACAUAAACUUCCACCGAUCGCUUCAACUCCAUCAUGUAAGGUUUGCCUUCGAAGGAGGUUUUCUGAAAGGGACGAUAGCCCAAUUUUUCCAGGGCAAACCUACUUUCACACGCUGCUAGCGCUAUAUAUGCAACCAGGCUUCUUGGCUUCCACUUUGGGAGCCGGUAUACUCCCAUGCCAAACGAGUUCGCUACUGGCUCCACCGACUCCUCCAGUAGAUGACAACAGAGCCCUUACCGACGACUCGACAUCUCCACGGGUCUCACCAACGAUAUUCAGUGAGAAAAUCGUGCCCAACGACGACAAAGAAGGUUGGUGUCGAAAUAAAAAAUAUAUCGAAAAAGUCGACAAUGGUUUUAUGUGUACGGUAUGCCGAAAGAUCUAUGGCAGAUACAAUUCUGUUUCUUAUCAUGUGACAAUCUAUCAUCGCAAUCCUCCAAUCAGAUGUGACGAAUCUGGUUGUCAAUUUUCUACACGGGAAGCACGAUAUAUCCAUUUCCACAAGUACUACAGGCAUCAUAUACCUCUUCCAGACAGUAUUGACUUAGGUUCCCGGAAAUGCCCAUUUUGUCGUCAUGUGUCAAAAAGUCCAGCCAUGCUUGAGAAGCAUAUCGCUAGGCAUGUGCCUGAACGGAAAGACAAAUCCGCUGAAAGCUACAAUUGUGAUCAGUGUAUGUACAGGUGA